CCAAUACCCCAAAGCCAUUUCUUUGAGUUUUGCAAAAGCCAGAAAGAAAUGGGAAGCAAGGGUCUCAAGAGUGUAAUCAUGUGUGUGCUGAUCCUAGGGAUAAUCUUCGAAGUAGAGGGCAAGAGUUGCUGCAAGAGCACCCUAGCAAGAAACUGCUACAACGCAUGUCGUCUGAGGUUUUCCCAGCGAGUCUGCGCCACAACAUGUCGCUGUAAAAUCAUAAAAGGCACUAAAUGCCCACCUGGCUUCCCUAAAUUGGACCUUCUCCCGAACUCCGGUGAACCAGAUGCCAUUGAGUACUGCAACUUGGGAUGUGUGUCUUCUAUGUGCGACACCAUGAAUAAUGCUCCAGAAUUUAUGGAUGAAGAGAUGAAAAUCACCAUGGAACGCUGCAGUGAUGCAUGUGACCGUCUCUGCAGUGGGGAUGCCCGCAUCGCAUCCGUUGCUGCAUAAUCAUGCUUGUGCAUGCCGUGGGUUUUGUUGUCCAAGGCCAAGGUCUCAUCAUGAUGGAUGUUGUUCUAAAAAAGGAUCUCAUGGGCCAGAUCCAAGCCAACGUGUCAUCUUAUACAUAUAUUAUGUGUGUGCUCUUUUUUUUUUCUUUGUUACAAUAAAGGUAACCACACGAUGGAUGCCAUGUUCCUACCUGUAUGUGUGCCCAUCUCUAUCGAGAUGUAUCCGUGUACCCUUGGCCAGUUAAUAUAAUCACUAUAAAGUCUUUCGUUUACAUGAA